GGUCAGCAGGUGGUCGGCAGGAAGAGCAUCAGGAGUGGAGUUCACACUGCUCUGGCUUCCCAGAAGGACUUGGAUAGAAAAGACUGCCUCAUAAGAUCUAAUAACACCGUACACGACUAUGGUUCCUUCCCUGCACUUACUACUGCUGCUGGUUGGGGCUGUGGUUCAGGCCUACAUUAUAGGAGACUUGAGUAUAACAGCAAAUCAAGGAACCUCAUCUGUGACUCUGACCAACCAUGGCAUCUACAUCAACGAUUCUACUACAAAUCGGGAUCAGAUUUGUAUCUGGGGGUAUGACAGCUGCUACUGUGAAUGCAACUUUAUGAACGACACCUGCAACGAAAUGGCAUUGGACUGCUUAUUAAAAACAAAUGUUAGCAUGACUGAUGGGACAGCUUCAUUCAACAUAUGUUCCUCCCUGUGUCAUGUGACUCCAUGCAAAGGGCCUGCGAUCAACUCACUGUUGCAUAAGAGGCCCACGGCCUCCAGCUGGAAAAACCUUUGGAGGAUCUUCACCAUCAGGAGCAUGUGUCCAGACUUGUUCAAAAGAAACAUCACCAUCAAAAGAAGUUUUUUAGAUAUAGAGAGGGUGUUAAUACAAACCCUAUUGGAUGAGCCUUUCUCUGGAUGGCCGAUCAUCUACAACAACAGAUACCUUUCUGUGUAUGUGGUCCCCAUCUCCAACCUCACCUCCAACUCUGAGGGCAUGAUAAACAUACCUGCUCCCCAGCUCAUUCCUGAUUCGAGUUUUAUCCCAGAGACCUGGUUUCCAGCUGAGGUCAUAAAGAAUUUCCCAGCAGAGAACAUUAGUCUGGGCUUGGUCACCUACCCCUCCUCGCAGCAAUUCCAGAUUUCCAUUGAGAACAUCAAGAGCCUGGCCAUCAGGAUCGAGCUCUCUAUAGGCAAUAAGCUGGCAAACCUUUCCCAGCCAAUCAUGAUGCAGUUCCCCUAUACUGGCCAAGUAAAUGAGCUCCAGUAUCCUGUCUGUCACUUCUUUCAAGAAACAGGUGAAGAUGACUUUCAAUGCAAGUCAGAUACCUCCGCAUCCAUCCAUGUGUCUUUGUCGGGAGCACUGACCCUGCUCAACACCUCCUUCCUGCUGAGCGAGUGGGGCGCCAGCCUGGGCAUGGCCUGGGUGUGCGUUCUCAUUGCGGCCGUCAUGCAUUACAGCCUGCUGUGCAGCUUCUCCUGGAUGGCUCUGGAAGCCCUGCACCUCUACCUGAUGCUGGUCAAGGUGUUCAACACUUACUACAAACACUACAUGGUCAAGAUCAGCAUCCUCGGCUGGGGUGUCCCCUGUGUGAUAGUGGGGGUCUCUUUGGCUGUGACGGCGAGAAACACGCUUCUCUACGGGCUUUCUGAGAUGGCCAUGUUAAACACUAACCAGACUAACAACAUCUGUUGGAUCAAGGACGAGACCUUCCUGCUAAGUGUCAACCUGGCCUUCUUCUCCAUGGUGUUCCUCUUCUCCUCCGGGGUUCUGAUCACCGUGUCCUUCAGGAUAUGCAGUCUGAAGCACUACAACAAGAUGUGUGGCACCAGAGACAAGCCUAGGGCUCACCAUCUUCCUACCUGCAAAGAUGUGUGCACCGUGCUGGGUCUGUCCUGUUUGCUGGGGACCACCUGGGGCCUGGCCUUCCUGAGUCUACAGAACCUCAACUACACUGUUCUCUACCUGUUCAGCAUCUUGAACUCUCUGCAGGGUUUCUUCAUCUUCCUAUGGAUGUGGGCCAGAGCCAGAAAUGAGAGAAAGAGAUUAGCUGAGAACAAGAGCUCAACUACUGACAGCAGUACACCUACCAAAAACCCACACCACUAACCAAGUAACCCCACAUCUGUUGUAUACUGUGCUCUUCUUUGCGCUUGCAAUACCUUGUCUUGCACUAUUUUUGGUCACUGGAUUAAAGUGUAUAUUGAUAGAUGUAAAUAAAAGCAAAUUAGGUUUUAUACUGUAAAGCAGGGGUGGGGAACGUCCGGCUCGCGGGCCGUAUGCGGCCUGCGAAAUCAUUUGGUCCGGCCCGCCAUGGCACUGCAGGAACCAUAUUAUUAGGUGCAUUGUUCGUUGGCAGCAGCACUAUUUUAAUAUGUGGAAGAGGACCGUGGAGGCGCGCAGCGUUGCGUACCAAUGUACCAAAAAAUUUCGCUCGCAUUAAGUGUGGAAUUCCUUUCUAGCAAAUCAAACCCAGAAUACGUUGUUGGUUUGGGCUAAGCCCCGAAUGUUUACAACGUAUGGUUCCGCACUUGAUUAACACUCAGAUCGAUAAGCAGUCUCAAAAAUGGUAGCAAUAUGAAAAAUAAUACGAUCCCUUUCCGUAAACAUGAUACCCCCCAAGAAAUGUUCGAUGCACCCCUAGUCAAAGCAGGCUGCAUCCGUGCCAGCUAACAUCACAAACCUCACCAAAGCAGUUCCAGCCAUCACAUUAGGGGUGAGUUAAUUAAAUGUUUGACCAAAUAUAGCAGGCACAUUUUUAAGUUGAUUAAAAAUGUCAUUGUUAAGUCAUUGUUAAUGUCAUUGUUAAGUUUAAAUAUCCAAAUGGCCCUUGGCAGAAAAAAGGUUCCCCACCCCUGCUGUAAAGGCACUACAAUCUCAAAUAAAAUAGUUGUGUAGUGUUUUAAUACAGUCUACUGUUGUGUAAAAGUGUUUUUUUAUAUUCUCACUUCCCACCAUGAAAUGUAUGUGGCAAUACAACACUUCCUUGUUUCAAUGGUUUGAAUGACAGCAUGCUGGUGUUAUGAAACUCUUGACAUUUUAUCUGGUUGGUGUUCGGUUAAGGGGUUAUUAUUACCCUUGCUAAAAUGCUCUUGAUUUAGGCUCACAUGAUUAGUCACAUGUGGUGUCACGUAUGGUCAAAUGUCAACGAACUGCACUGUUUUGACUAAAUCGCUGACUAUCUAAAUAAACAAAA